AUAAAGUAUCUUAAUGUCAGCAGCAGAGGCUCAGACCAGGACCAUGUGGAGUCAGUACAGGAGGAACUCUGGCCUGGAUACAUGAUUGGCCUGAAAAGGUAGUGCCUGAGAGGUGGAUGUUCCAAUGGCGAGGAGCAAAACUAGGUCCCCUCCAGACCCAAGACCAGAACCACAGUGGACACCACACACACUCUGGAGUUGUGUGUCAGCUGCAAAGGUGUCGUUAGAUCGCCCACAAGUGCAGCCUUCACUCUUAGUGGCCAUCUUCAUCUACCUGCUCUCAGCCUUCCCUGACAUCUGUGUAGCUGCUCCGCCGCGGCCAGCCGGCCCCCCGUUACUGUCUGGGCAGCCUUUCAUCAUAUUUUGGGGAGUUCCUGAUUCCUCCUGCCCCAAUCGUCCAGAUCCCAGAUCUUUUGGGAUGGAGAGGAAAGGACGUGUUGAGGUCUUCUAUGAAAACACGCUGGGAAAAUAUCCAUAUCUUGUCGAUAAGGACACUCCAGUCAACGGGGGGCUACCACAACACACCAAACUGGACAGCCACCUCCAGAAGAGCCAGCAGGACUUGGAGCUAGCGUUACCUGCACCAAGGUAUCUUGGGUUGGGGGUGUUGCACUGGACAGAGUGGGUCCCUCAAUGGACCAGAAACACAGAAAGGAAGACUAUGUAUCUGGAAGCAUCCAGGGAACUGAUGAAGACUUUCUUUCCCAAGUGGAGUCCAGAGGAGGUGGAGAAGUGGUCACAGGUGGACUUCGAGGCAGCAGCCCAGUCAGUAAUGACAGAGACUCUACGGGAGGUCAAAAGAUUACGACCCAAAGCAUUAUGGGGCUUCUCCACUUUCCCCAGCUGCUACAACGGUGACUCUGCCCAGACGGUGUUAGCCAAUUACACUGGCCAGUGCCCUGCUGCAGAGAUGGCCCUUAAUGACGAACUUCUGUGGCUGUGGAAACGAAGCUCUGCCCUUUACCCUCUGCUAACUCUGGAGAAGCUGCAGAGUGGAACCUCUGGAGCCAUGCUGUAUUUAUCCAGUCAAAUAAAGGAGGCUCUUCGGGUUUCAUCUCUUGAACUGGAGUUUGAUCUCCCUGUUUUCCCCUUGAUCAAGAGUGUCUACAUGUCCACUAACACUUUCCUGUCACAGACAGACCUAGUCAACACUAUAGGAGAAAGUGCAGCUUUGGGAGCAGCAGGAGUUGUUGUCUGGGAGAGAACGGAGGCUAAAACCGAGAGAGAGUGCCAGGACCUGGCAGAGUUUGUCCGUAAGGUCCUGGGACCCUACUCCAUAAAUGUUACCACAGCAUCUCGACUCUGCUCAGCUUCUCUGUGCCAGGGAAAGGGCCGGUGUGUCCGUCAAAAACUAGAGAGCUCUGCUUAUCUCCACCUCCCAGCACCACCUGAAGCGGUGGAGAAGGUGACACAAAAGGCAGAGGCAGAAAAAGCCACAGAUCAGACAGCAACAGAGGUGAAACCAGCAGAACCAGACCCAGCUGAGAUAUGGAAGAGGGACUUUCAGUGUCAGUGGUACAAGACUACAGACGGAGACGUCUCAGACCAACAGUCUCCCCAAGACGGAGCAUCUGCUGGGGAAAAGACUGGAAACCUGGAAACUGUGGAAACUGCCACAGCUUUCUCAUUUUCUUCUACAACAAAAGGUGCCUCAGACACAGGGUUCAGCUCUUCGGGUUCUUUACGUCCAAUGGAUCCACCCGAAGGAGCCAAAGACAGAGGGGGCGAUUCACCAUGUCCCCCACGUCUGACUCUUCUACUUGUACUUGUGACUGGAAGUAUAUACCUGGAACUCUAACACUGAAAUAAACCUGACUUCAGGUGGAAGUUCUAGGCUUAAGCCGCCUCUCCUAAGUGCCCUUGAGCAAACCACCAGAGGCUAAGUGCAGCAGGUGUUGCUCCGUAGCUGAAAAUGUCAUUUUCAUAGAGUAACACUAACAACUGUGUCUAAAUCUGAAAGGUCUAUCCACCGCUACCAGGGGUCGUGCCAACGGACGGUGAAUCCCACGACUGUCACAGACAAUUGUCCGUCUGUACCUGAUGUCAUUCUAAUAUUUGAAAGAUGAAUGCGACACAAUAGGCCUGACCGACUCAUGUGCUGCUGUAAAAUUACCGUCCAAUCAAAUCAAAUUGGAACAUUUCAAUUGCAGAAACAUAAAAUCCAUCUGUAAAACCUACAAUGACCAUUUCAUUGUCAAUUGAAAUCAAUAAAGACUUGUUCUGUUGCAUGUCCGUCAUUUGAACAAAUCAAGAGUUAAAUUGAAAUGGACUUUUAAUAACGAUGAGUCAUUAAAUCAAAUUCAAUUUAAAAAGAAAAUUCGACGUGCUUCUACCACAAAAUAACCAGGCACUGCAAAAGUGGAAAAAAAGUCAACAAAAAGUGCAGUACAAACGAUCAGAGCUCUCGGGUGCCAUCUGCCUGAAAUCUGCUGAAACUGCACAUUUCAGCUGAAAUGUCAGAGGAGGAAGAGCGCAGAAAAAACUGUUAAUCCAACCAAGACUGAAAUAUAUUUAGAAGUUUAUUAGAUGGGAGCUGGUGUAAUCCCGCCUGGCUUACUUGGGUUAUUAGUAAAUUAUUAUUUUUUCUAAAGACUCAGUUCAACAAAUGUUCCCCAGACGUCAAUAAGUACUCUUAUAAAACUUCAAUUUUACCAAAUAUAAAAAAAUAGUAGUUUUCAUUAAGUGUGUCCUUUACAUCAUGCUUUAACGUCCAUUUUACUCUAAAUGGGAUCUCCAUUCAUGUAUCUUCUUAAGAGCCAAUGUAAGGGAAAAGAUGGUGAACACAGAACACAUAUGGACAGUUUGAAGUUCACUGGGCCACAUAUAGAGACAGUCAGAGUCACACUCAUACCCAGGGUCAGUUUAUAGGUUCAUGUUAGUCUAACAGCCAAUCUGUUUGUUUUUGGACUGUACAGGGAAAUUGAGCUUAAAUCGGGCGGCAACCAACAGGACAUCGGUCAGUUACAAUGACUAUUAUUAAAUAAAAGGUUUUAAUUCAUAAGUCACUGUACAGUAGUUAAUACCUGCAUCCCCUUUCACAUAAAAGAUGUCAGCAUGUGUUCGUACCUUAUGUCAUUUUAUUCAUUAAUUUUCAUUCAAAUAUACACUCAAGACCAGGGGUAUCUGAAUCAUUUUAGUAACAGAAAGAUCAUAUUUACACAGGUACAUCUGAUUGUACAACAGAAAAUGCAUUCAUCAUACAUAUAUAUAUAUAUAUAAUGAAUAACAAAUUUACAUUUCCUUCUCUGUCCCAUCUCUACCAUGUUGCUCAGACGUUCAUUCUGUAGAAACUGUACCUUCAUUUUAAAGACAGUCAUCACAGCCCUGACCUUUUUUUUUUUUUAAAUCAGGAUAUUGUCAGGAUGAGUUUUGAGGAUGGUAAACUUGAAUUUUCUUUCUCCUUCCUGACAUUUUCUGUCAACUGUCACAAGCUAAAGCAGGAAAGGAGAAAAAUUGCAUUCCUUGAAACAGAAGUGAAACUAUGUUAAAAAUAAUUAUGUAGAGAUGAAAGAGUAGAUGAGACGAGGUGAGAUGACACUGCUGCUCAAACGUCGUGAUACAACACUGUCACAAACCCACUGUAACCAACCCAAA